GACACUAAGCGGAUCCAAAGGAUGAGCCCAGAAGGCAAAGCCCAGCUGGACACAUGCUCAGGAGAAGACCGUCAUCCAAAAAGGGUUAAGGAGGAGGAGGGUCUGGAGAUGCAGGAAGCAGCUGCCAACCCUUUGCCCGGAAAAGCGACCAAGAAUGGGUUCCAUCAUCAUCCUGUGUCAGGGAAGAGCCUCGUAGAGCCACAUCUGCUGGAUCCUGCGGCAGCCGGGGAAGAGGGAGUGCUGAUGGAGCGCCGGGGGGGAUCUGGCCACAGCCCUCGUGGCUUCGGGACCUGCAGAGCCCCGGUGGGGGAGAUGCCACACUGGUGCCUGGAGUGCGGAAAGAAUUUUGGCCCAAAGGCAGGCUUGGAAAAGCACCAGCUGAACCAUGCCGGGCAGUGUCCGUACAUCUGCAGUGACUGCGGGAGAAGUUUUACUGAGCACGUUGCCCUCCCCAGCUGCCGGGGAGCGUGCCCAGCGGGGAGCUCCUUCAGCCACGCUGGCUGUCGGCAGAAGGGCUUGCCUCCUCCCAGUGAGGUUGUCGCGCACAGGAAAGAGCGGAAGGAGCUGUCCUUGCAGGAGAAGGUCCGGGUGCUGGAGAUGCUGGAAGGGCCCAAGGUCUCCCAGAGCGAACUGGCCAAGAGGUUUGGCGUCUCCCAGCCCCAGAUCUGCCGCAUCAUCAAGAACAAAGAGCGGAUCCUGGCGGAGUGGUGUAAAAAUGGGAACCUGGGGCGUAAGCGCAAGCUGGAAGGAAAGGGUGCAGCCAAUGGGGCAGCCCUCCUGCAGUGGCUUGAGCAGAGCUGCGUGCCCAGUCUCCCCACCAAUGGGAGGCAGCUGCAAGAGGAGGCCAUGAGCCUGUCUGAGACUUUAGGGAAGCCGGAGCUGUGCAGUUGGCUGGCUGGCUUCAAAUCCAGGCAGAAACCUGCGCAAGGAAGGGCCCGUACAGAGAGACAGAAGGGAGAGCGACCGGAGGAGGAGCGCUGGGAGAACAUGGUCCUGCCCCAUUUCCUAAGUCGGUACGAUCCCCCCAAUGUCUACACUUGUGGUGAAACUGGCCUCUUAUUCAGGGCAACCCCAGAAGAGCUGGCGAUGGAGCAGAGAGCCGAUGCCAAGGACCAACUGACUGUCUUACUGUGCACCAACUUGGAUGCUUCGGAUAAAAGGGACACCCUGAUUGUUGGCAAAGGGCCCAAACCAUUUUGCUUCCAGGGGGUCAGCACCGAGGAGCUGCCUGUCACAUACAGAGCCAGUAGCAGGGCUUGGAUGACGGCAGCCAUCUUCUCCGAGUGGCUCCGGAAAUUCAAUGAAGAUAUGAAACGCAAGCAGAGGAGCGUGGUGCUGUUCUUAGUCCAAUGUGCGGCACAUCCCGCUGCCGAGCUCUCUAAUGUCAAGAUGGUGUUCCUGCCUCCUCAGUCUUCAUCAAUCCGUCCACUCGAGCGAGGGAUUAUCCAGAGUUUUAAAUGCCACUACCGGAGGAGGAUGCUAAUCCGCCUGCUCGCUGUGCUUGACAGCCUGUCUCCCACCUCUCCAAGCAAACUGUCCAGGCCCCUGACACUCUGGGACGCUAUCCACAUGAUCAUUCAAGCCUGGUCAGAAGUCUGUCCACAGACAGUCACUAACAGCUUCCGAGCGGCUGGCUUCGGCGUGACUCCCCGCAUCCCAGCUCCUCCUGGAGAUGUUGUCCGAGCCCUUGGCUUCAUGAACCAAGAACAGUUUGAGCGGUUUGUACUAGUAGAUGAAGGGCUGGAGUGUUUUGGGGAGCAGGACGGUGCUGAGAUGGCCAGCGGGGACCAGCGGAGUGAAGAACCAACCUGCGCAACAGCAGAGGAAGAAGACCGGGCAGAGGACUUCAUUGUGCCCUCCUGUCCCUCCAAAGCAGAAGUCAUGGAGAGCUUGGCCAAACUGAGGCGAUAUUUUGAGUGCCACGCGCUGUCGCCAGCCAUGUUCCAGAAGUUCUACAAGCUAGAAGACAUGGUUCAUGGGAUGUCUCUGGCCCAUAUGCAAGUAUCGAGGCUCAAAGCCCUUAACAAAGAGUGA